UUCAUUUGAGCUCAAAUCCUGUACUGUCUACUCUGCAGCUGCCAGACCUGCUCCUGCUGCUGCUCAGGGAGAGCACCCGGGGAAACCAUUUCUGACCACUGAGAAGAUGAUGAGCUCAAGCUAUUGGAGUGAGAGCAGCAGCGGCAGCUGUGGGACCCAGCAGCCCACAGAGGUACUGCAGUACCAGCCUCAGCAUUACCACUGUUACCAUCAGUCAAGUCAAGGCCAGCAGCCUCCAGAAAAAAGUGUCGUGUAUGAGCGAGUGAGGACCUACAGUGGGCCCAUGAACAAGGUGGUGCAGGCCUUGGACACCCUCGGCUCACAGGAAGUGCUCUCCCCCCUCAAAACUGCCUCCUCCUACCAAAAUUUGGUUUGGAGUGACCAUUCUCAGGAGCUCCAUUCUCCAACUCUGAAAAUCUCUACUUGCGCGCCAAGCACUCUACAUAUAACACAAAAUGCCGAACAGGAACUUCAUUCUCCAACAGUGAAAGUUACUACGUAUCCACAAACUACCAUUAGGAGAUACAUAGUACAAAAACCUGAACAGGAACCAUUGUCUCCUUUCCUAAGAGGUGGCCACUUCUUCCCAGGAAACAAUGUAAUUUAUGAAAAAACAAUUAGAAAAGUGGAAAAUCUAAAUACAGAUCAGGAAUGUUGUCCUCAAAUUCAAUGCCAUCAUCAUGUCAUUCAGCAACCCCAGAUCAUCCACUCUCCGCAUUGUCAACAGUCCCAUUCUAGCCAUCAAAUCCAAUGCAUAACAGAAAAUGACUCAAAUAUUGGGCAUGAACUCUGCCAUGGUGGCUCAAGCCAGCUACAUGAGCAGGUGAUAAUUCAGGAUGAUGGCCCUGAAAAAUUGGAUCCCAAAUAUUUUGGAGAGUUGCUUGCUGACCUAAGCCGCAAGAAUACAGACCUAUAUCACUGCUUAUUAGAACAUUUGGAGAGGAUUGGAGGAAGCAAACAAGACUUUGAGUCUGCAGAUGCAUCAGAAGACAUUGAGUCAUUGAUUCCUAAAGGACUGUCAGAGUUUACAAAACAGCAAAUUCGUUAUAUUCUGCAGAUGAGGGGUAUGUCUGAUAAGUCACUGAGACUAGUGUUGUCCACAUUUAGCAACAUACGGGAAGAACUUGGACAUCUUCAAAAUGACUUGACAUCUCUGGAAAAUGACAAGAUAAGACUUGAGAAGGACUUGGCAUUCAAAGAAAAUCAAAUAAAAGAGUAUGAAGAACUCUUGGCAUCGGUGAGAGCAAAUAAUCGCCAACAGCAACAAGGACUUCAAGACUCAAGCUCAAAAUGUCAGACAUUGGAAGAAAAUAACCUUUCUCUUCGACAUACACUAUCAGACAUGGAAUACAGACUAAAAGAACUAGAGUAUUGUAAACGUAAUUUAGAGCAAGAGAAUAAAAACCUUAGAAUACAGGUCUCUGAGACUUGCACAGGCCCAAUACUACAGGCUAAAAUGGAUGAGAUUGGCAACCAUUAUAUGGAGAUGGUAAAAAACUUAAGAAUUGAGAAAGACAGAGAAAUCAGCAAGCUAAGGUCUCAAUUAAACCAGUACCAAAAAGAUGUUUCCAAAAGAGAAGGAAGUUGCAGUGACAUCCAAUUCAAGCUUCAUGAACUAACAAGCUUGCUAGAAGAAAAGGAUUCUCUUAUAAAGCGUCAAUCAGAUGUAAGAAGAAGAGGAAAAUACAUGGUGGAGAAGAAUGGUAUAAUAGGUUCUGUAGAAUAA